UUGUACCGGAAGUCUCACAAAUUGGCAAUUCGGCAUUUCGAAUCAUGGCAUCAACAAGCAGAGGACCAAAGACAAAACAGAUAUGCUGUCCAGAACAUCCUUAUGCUAACUUAAUAGAAGAUUACCAUGCUGGAGACAUGAUCUGUCCUGAAUGUGGACUUGUGGUUGGAGAUCGUGUUGUAGAUGUUGGGACAGAAUGGAGAACUUUUAGUAAUGAAAAAAGUACCGGUAACAAGGAUCCAUCUCGUGUUGGAGCUGCAGAGAAUCCAUUAUUAGAUGGAGGAGACUUGAGUACAAUGAUAGCAACAGACCCGACCAGUAUGUCGUAUGACGAACAUGGAAAACCAAUGUAUAAAAACAGACGAACGAUGAGUAGUGCUGACAGAGCUUUGAUAAAUGCCUUCAGGGAAAUAGGAAACAUGGGAGACAGACUUAAUCUUCCUAAAAUGAUAGCAGAUAGAGCUAACAAUUUAUUUAAACAAGUAAAUGAUGGAAAAGCUCUGAAAGGCCGAAGUAAUGAUGCAAUAGCAGCUGCUUGUAUGUAUAUAGCUUGUAGACAAGAAGGUGUUCCUAGGACAUUCAAAGAAAUAUGUGCUGUGUCCAAAAUAUCUAAGAAAGAGAUUGGUAGAGUGUUUAAACUGAUCCUGAAGAAUCUAGAGACAAAUGUAGAGCUGAUUACUACAGGAGAUUUUAUGUCCCGAUUCUGUUCCAAUUUGGGUCUACCAACAUCAGUACAGAAAGCAGCCACACAUAUAGCUAGGAAAGCUGUAGAAAUGGAUCUAGUCGCAGGGAGGAGUCCUAUCUCUGUUGCUGCAUCAGCUAUUUAUAUGGCUUCUCAGGCCUCAGCAGACAAAAAGAACCAAAAAGAGAUUGGUGACAUUGCUGGUGUAGCAGAGGUAACAAUCAGACAGGCCUACAAACAGAUGUAUCCCAGAGCACAUGACUUAUUCCCUGCCGACUAUAAGUUCCACACACCAGUAGAACAGUUACCAACACAGUGAGCCAACCCUAGCCUGAAUGAUGUGGAUAGAUUUGACUUCCUGCAGGAACCAGAUAGUUGUCUGGUGUGUAACAGGAAGAUUUUUUUACAUCUAUCUGUGAUAGUUGUAACAGAGCAAACAUUUAAAACAAAUAUAGAACUCUGUCAAUCAGAGAAUUUUUUUUAAUCAUUAUGAUUGAUUCUGUUACACUAUUAGCAUACAGAAAAUCAGUCAUUUUUAGCGUAAUAUGUGUUGUUUAGUAUCUGAAGAUAUGACUGCAUUGCUCUCAGUUUUGAUGAUGUCAUCCUGACAGUGAAACAAAGUAUUAAUGAUAAAAUGUAUGUUAUAACUUUAUGGCAAUUCAAAUACAACCUGAAUGAAAUAUUUUUAAUGAUAUGCUUCAUAAAAGGCAUUCAAUAUUUUGUCAUCACUUGAUAUCGUUAAUCAUUUUACAUCCAUAACAUAAUGUGGGCUCGUGUACUAGUCAAUUAUGUAAUUAAUCGAUUCUCAAGAUCAAUUUAUUUACAUAAAUAUAAAUCUUCUCAUAUAAAAAUAAAUCAACAAAGCAAGAAUAAAUUGCCACAAUGUCAGCAAACUGAAAUAAGUGUGAAAAAAUAAUUAGGUUACAGUCAUACAUUUAUUGAAAUGGGACACAUUGGAAAAAUAUGGUUGUCUACACUUGAAUGAAGGUAGACUGGAAUGAAAAUGAAAAAUAAAAUGAAGUAGACUAAUUUACUUUAUAUUAUUGAGUUUUAUUAUGUUCUAUUAUUAGUAGUAUAUAAUGUGUUGUGAUAAUUGUAGUAUGGUUAAACAAAUGUCUAUAUACAUAUGUAUGUCUUAAUAUAUGUCUGUUAGAUUCUGUCAACACACAAAUGUUUUAAGCAUUACUCAGUUGCAGUUUAUAAAAUGCAUUAAAUUCUGCAAAUAUAUUUAUUCUGAUUUCACACUAAACAGAAAAUUUUGAGAGAAAACUUGUUAUAUGUUACAAAUGUAAUGUUUUGUAGACUGUUCUUAGUCUUUUUCUCGUCUUGUGUCAUGAUUUUAUCGAUUUCUCUUCGACUUAUGAGUUUUGAUUCUCUCUUUGGUAUCUUCUGACGUUUUUUUAUGUCCACGCUGUAGCGGAGGGGGCAUUAAGUUUUAUCCUUGUCCGUCUGUACAUCCGUCUGUCCGCCCGUACACCUCAAAAUUGGUUUCUGUUCACUAACUUUAGUUUGCCUCAACCAAAUGUUAUAAACUUAUACACAAUGCUUAUUACCACAAAACUCAGAUCAAGUACGAAUUUGGGUAGCGUCACUUUUACCAUUCUUGAGUUAUGUCCCAUUAUAAUGUUAUAUGUAAGCGGGGGCAUCAUCUGUGUCGGACUGUCCCAUGGACACAUUCCCCAUUUAUUCUGAUUAUAUGAAUUGAUUAGAUAAUGUGAGGGAGAACAUUUUUAUUUCAUGGGCCUAUGGAAAUCAUACUUGUAUUAUUUUCUACUAUUAAUAAAAAAAAUAGCAAAUGCAUGCAAUGAAAUACAGACUUUAAUGUAUUGUCACCCAAUGUGUUGGAAUUAUGGAGAGGAGGGUUAUAGGUCAAUAAGACAGCAACCCUAAACACAAUAAAAAUAGAAAAGACAUUAUGAGGGCAACAACCAUUUUUCAAAAAUGAACAAGUUCCUAAACCAUAUAUGUCCUGCUUUAAACAUCCCAAGUCUUUGCCUGUAACAAUAAAAGCACCAAAAAUGUAUGUUUUUGUAUGAUAACUUAUUUUCUACAGUACUUCAUAUUUCAUAUUUUUUGUUGUCGCUGGGAAGCAAGGAUUUGUAUUUAUAGUAAGCGGUAAGAUUAAAAAUUAAGCUGGUAAAAAUUAUGGUAGUAUACAUAGAUAUUAUUGCCAAACAAAUAUUUGUUUGGUAGAUUUAACACUUUAUGUAAUUUUUGAAAUAAUUUUUUAUGGAAAAUAAAACAGUUGUUUUGUUA